AUGUCUGGUGAGGAAAGUAAUAAAGUGAAAGAAGCAUUCUUGGUUGCACAAUUAACCCACGCAACGGGGUGUUCAGUUGAACAAGCUUAUCAAUUAUUGAUUCGUCAUACAUGGAAUCUGGAAGCAGCGAUCUCAGCAUGGUUUAUGCCUUCUCAAAUACCUGGUGCAAAUCAGUCAUCUGCCCAAGAAAUUUUUACGUCACGUCAAUCUCAUUGUCCAUGUCCAUGCAACACUCCAACAACUCCUCCUUAUAUGUCAGAGACCUCAUUCGCUUUUGAAAGAUUGGGUACCUAA